UGCAUGAAUGCGAGCAUUGGAUCUCUGUUUGCAAACACAGACCGCAUAUCACAUCAUAUUUGUAUGAAUACUAUCGCAUAGUCUUCACAUCUGUUACUCAAUCCAUCAGUUUGUGGUCACAAUCAUCACCAUCUACUGCCACCAUCAACGAUGACAAGUCUCAAACAGACACCACUGACCUGUAGCGGACACACCAGACCUGUGGUUCACUUGCAGUUCAGUCCCAUCACAUCCAACGGCUUCUUCUUGAUCUCUGCCUCCAAAGAUGGAAAACCAAUGCUUCGGAAGGGAGACACCGGUGACUGGAUUGGCACGUUUGAGGGCCACAAAGGUGCCGUAUGGGGUGUAGCCCUGAGUGGUGACAGUGUGAGGGCCGCCACCGGCGCCGCCGACUUUUGCGCUAAAAUAUGGGACGCCGUGUCGGGACAGGAGUUGCAUAACUUAAGUCACGCGCAUAUCGUUAAGAGUGUGGACUUCAGCUCAGACGACAACUAUCUGGUGACCGGAAGUAAUGACAAAUUGCUUCGAGUCUAUGAUCUCAACCAAAUAGACUCAGAUCCCAUUGUGUUCAGUGGUCACACGUCGUCCAUUCGUCACGUCUUGUUUGCCAACGACUCGCAAACACUGGUUAGCGCUUCCGAAGACAAGACCAUCAGAUUUUGGGACAAAGACUCCAAACAAGAGAUUAAGAAAUUGGAUUUCAAUACAAUUCCCUAUAGUAUUGAACUCUCGCGCGACUCGAAGCUGUUGUCCAUUUGUCACGGAAAUUAUGUGAUGUUUUUGGACAUGGAAUCCAUGGAAACGGUGAAAGAGUUUAAGAUUCCGACUCAAGUGUUGUCGGCGACACUACAUCCGGACAAAAGUGUGUUUGUGUGCGGGGGAGAGGACUUCAAAAUGUAUAAAUACGACUACAAUAACGGCAACGAAAUCGAGUCAUUCAAAGGACACUUCGGAGGCGUCCAUUGCGUCCGAUUCUCGCCCGACGGCGAACUCUACGCCAGCGGUAGUGAAGACGGCACUCUACGGCUAUGGCAGACAACUGUCGGCAAAACGUAUGGCCUCUGGAAGUGCAUCAAUACAGAGGACAACGAUUCCAGUGAACCACAACUUUCUAAUAAUGAAAACCACAAUAACUCUAAUAAUAGUAAAUAAUUUGCAAACAUUGUUUUUAAUACAAAUGUAAAUGAAUUUUUACGACCCC